GGGGAAGAUGACAAUAUAUUCUUGUGGCGCGAUGAAAGUGAAAGACAAUGCAAGUGUUGUCAUCGGGAAAAAGCCAACGACACUUUUCAUCUUCUUGGGUCGCGAUGCAGAGACGCUGUGGAAUUACGACUACCCAUUAUGCAUUGUGCAGAGUCACGGGGAUGGAACAUGAUCUCGGCGAGUGGAUAUAAAGAUGACAACUCUAUCAUGGAUCUCCGUCAUUCUCACCGCGCGCGCUCCUUGUGAAAGUGUGAUCGUCUCUUCAUGCACAGUCCCAACUCACCUCUAUCGCCCAUCAUGCUGAAUCAGUUCGGAUUUCUCGUGAUUCUCCUCAUCGCGAGUGCAACGGCUUUGCCAUCGAGUGUCCCGUUCAAGGAUAAGGAGCCCAAGCUACACUCCUUUGGCGCCGAAGACUGGAGAAAGGCCUACAAUGAGUCCCACAACGCUGUAAAUUCCGACGCCACCAACGAGAGGAGCCAAAGAUUGGGAUACACCACAGGAUAUGGCAAUGGACUGCAGGGUUAUCCUCAUUCCGCCAACGGCAUUGGCGUUUACACUCCUAUGAAGAUCGACUUGGGCGGCGUUUUCCUCGGAGCCCUCGUUGGAAUUGGCGCCAUCCUCAUCCUGCCUAAACUCGUGAAUGCCUUCUCUGGCAAUUACGGCAACUACCGCAGCAUUGAUGGCGAGCCUGCUGGCCUGGGAGAGAUGUUGGCCAAGCUGGACACGUAUCUUGGCCAGAACAACAUCGACACGGCGUCUUGCAUGCAGCGCGCUGUCUGCACGUAUGUAAAGUCCUCCGAAAAGAACAUGAGAAGCGGAGCUGCCGAUCAAAUUGACCAGAUCAUCCACGACAUCUCGCGCAAUUCCAUCGUCGAGUACAUGUUGGACGGCACGCCGAUAAAAGAGGCACUGGAAAACGGCCGAAGCGAUAGAGUGGCCAAGUGUGAGAUCCUCUAUCCGGGCUGCAAGCUGGACCAAGACUCUCUUUUGCAGAUGGUGAAGCGCUUCAUGCCGAAGAAUUGAGGAGUUUAUGUCUGUGUAAAUUUGCUAAAACGUGGUGUUUCUCUUUUUUACCUUUUGUAAUUACAAGAUCGUUGGAAAAUCAGUGGUUUUUCUAAUUUCUGACGCGAUGGCGAGCAUGUGAGAGGAUGCAAGUGGGUGAGUCUUGCACGAGAAGGUCUUCGGCGCAAAAAGAGAGCCAGUGUUUGGCACAGAAAACACAAACAGUAAACUUAUUUUCGUGAAAUUUGGGUGAUAUUCUCACGAUCAAUGUGAAAAUCCCGAUUGUGGGUGUGAGCGUGCAACUGAAAACAGCCACAUAUUUGAAGGCAAGCAUUUUUCAUCUCUUGGUC